UUUUCCUAAUGAGUCAGGCAACAUUUAUGGCAUUUUUAUAUUUUUAUGAAAUUCCUGCAUUGACUUGGCAAAGACAAUCUUAUUAUACUCCAUCAGAAUUGAGACCAAGAUGUUAUUAUAUGCCCCUUUUUUAAAUAGAAUGGAUUAGUGAUAUUCCUUAAAUAUGGACUAUCUUUUAUGGAUUAUGUGGAAGAAAGUAAAAAUAUAUAUAUAAUUAUUAUCUCAAGAUAUUUUGAUAGAUAGCAUUUGACCUAUGUGGACAGAAAUUAGAUUCAAUUCCAUUAAAUCCUUGAAGAUGAAGAACAUGUCGAAAAUGUUGAAAAUGUUGAAAAUGAAUGA